CAUUGGAUCGUCUGGCUGGACAGCGGGCAUCGGGUCAUCAGGCAUCAGGCAUUGGAUCGUCUGGCUCGACAGCAGGCAUCGGGUCACCAGGCUGAAAACAGGCAUCAGGCUGGGUACAGGCAUCAGGCUGGGUACAGACCUCAGGCUGAAGUGCGGGUGCCGAGGCACCAGGCUGAACCACGGAAGGCAGGUUUUCAGACGGCAGGCUCACCGGUUGGAUACUGGCAGGAUGGUAUUGGUUGGAAAGAAUUUUCGCUUUUUUCUGGUUUUAACUACUGGAGCACUGCAAGUAAACGCAGGUCUGCAAAUGAAUGGAGCAGCUGGAGACAGAGAAGAGCUGGAGGAUGGAACAGGGGAGGGAACAGUUGCUACAGAGGGCUUUUUUACAGGGUUAAAGGCAGGAUAGGUGCAGCGAGUGGGAACAGGGUACUGACAUGCGGUAGAUAGCAGGGCA